AUGGCCACUUUAGCAUCCUUUGUCGCUGGCACCAGCCAGCCCGUCAUAAAGAAGGAGGGACAUGGUUCCAAUGAUGAAUGUGCUUCCCUAUUUUCAAACAAGACCGAAGCAAAGAAUGGUGACUCGAAGCAGGCCAUCUGCAUUGAUGAUGAUGACGACGGUGACGAGAGUAUCUCGGGGCUGUUUACCCGGCCCCGAGAGACUUCAGGUAACUACAACCUCAAUAUCGUCAAGGACGAGAGCGACGAGGAGAAGGGGAACUUCAAGAUGAAGGGGCUGAAGCCGCAAAGCAAAGACACCGUCACAGCUGGGGACUUCUGUGACAAGAUCGAUGUUGACCCGGGGUCUACGGACGAAGAUACUGAUGAUGAGUAUGAUCCAGAUUCUGCACACGAGAAGGACUCGGAUUAUCACGAUUCGGACGACUCAGAUGACUCAGAUGACUCGGACGAAUCGGGGACUCAGCAGAAGAAACACAGGCUGAAACGAGCCGGAUGGAAAGCCUCGGAUAUCAGAAAGGUUAUCAAAAAAUGGGAGAGUGAAAAAAAUGCUUUGCUCGUCAAGCACUACAUGGGAGAGAAGUUAAGCCCCGUGGAGUGCGAGACGCUCGAAAAGCGGAAGAAACAAAUCCCCAAAGCACAGAAGGCACUUGAGAAAUAUGCGAGAGAAUCUCCACCAAAAACUGCUCGAGAGUACUGGCAGCGGUAUCAGAAGCGACAAGACGAAAAAGAGGACAGAAAGCGCAAGCGCGACAGCGAUGAUACAAACCCGAACAAACUUCAGAAAACAGACACGCAAGCUGAGACUUUCAGUAGAGCUGAACACCCUGGGUUCUCAAGAGCAGCAGCCCUAUUCACCACAAAAGGGGCUGAGGACGAUGACGACGGCGACGGCGAACCAGCGAACAGGAUCGAGGCCACAACUCACGACGCCCAAAUGAAGCAGAUCAUGGCGGGCAUUCCCGAGGGUAACGACACCCGACAUACAAAGACGCAAAAGAAGGAUCUGAUGAAAGCUAAGAAAUGUUUCGGGUACAAGCAGAUCAAGGCUAUUGACGGGAAGUGGCAGCUCAAAGGGAUGGGAACCCCUAUGCACAGUCAGCAGCUCGUGGCCGCUACCUGGAUGGUCAUGCGUGAAGCCAUGGGAUUAAUUCCGGCGGGAGGUAUACUGGCUGACGAGAUGGGACUUGGAAAAACCAUCACGUCUCUUGCAACUAUCGUCGGUCAUCCGGCAGAGAAGGAAGACAGAGAAAAUGGUUAUGGCAAGGCAACUUUGGUGAUUGCUGACAGUCCCCAAUCUGCCUCAAGGACCUGGAUGGAUCAGAUCAAGAAGCAUACCUCAGAAAAGUUUGCCAAACGAUGCCUGAUCUACUCCAAGGAGCUUGAAAAAGACGCAAGAGAAAAAGACGCAAGAUGGUGGAGUACGAAGAAUGUGGUAAUCACCAACUUAAAUGCACUGCGUGGACAGUUUCCCAGCAAGAAGGAACGCAAAUUGCUAAAAGCCCAAUGGGCAGGAGAUGAGGAUGGAUAUCAGCAAGCCAUCUCCAAGAACCUCGGUGAACUCUUCCAAGUCAACUGGUAUCGAAUCAUUCUGGACGAGGCUCAUGGUAUAAAGAAUCACACCUCAAGUGGUGCUCUCGCAGUCUGGGAACUCAACGCCAAAUACCGUUGGGCUUUGACUGGCACACCGCUCGCCAACAAACUGGAAGAGUUCUAUCCCUACUUGAAGUUUAUUGGUUGCAAAUUUGCAACCAGCAUGAGAAGAUACCGAGCUGAGUACAUCAAGAGCGACCAGGCAUCUGAAAAUUUCGAACAGUUAGUGGCCCUUGUCAUGAUGAGACGACAGCAGACUGAGAAGUUCCUGGGACACACCAUGGUUCCCCUGCCAAAAAGCCAUCGGAGGGAUAUUUGGAUUCCAUGUGCAGGCUGGGAGAAGAUCCUUGAAGAGGUUGUGGAUGGUGCAUACCAAGAAAAGCUUCUCAACAUCCAAAAUGAAAACGACGAGACUGGAGAAGAGGAACAAGAACAGGAAGAUCAGGAGAGUGAAGACGUACCCGACGACGAGGGCGAAGCCGACUUCGAAGGUGAUGAGAACGAAGGUUCCACGGCUCUAGACGCGUACAGAAUUCUGAGUCUGAGAUGCAUGAGGAUCCUGCAACUGACGUCCCACCCUAUCAACCUCGAAAGUUUCUAUAGAAACGAAGACCAUCAGGCAUACAUUGAUCUGACCAUCAAGCGACUGAAAUCAGAAAUCACUCAGUCGACCAUUGAUGCCGAUCAAAAGGCGUUGGAAGCGUCUCUCGAGCCAGCCUAUUCCUCAGGGCUCCGACAGUUGGAGUUGGUGACCAAGGACAACUUUGGGGCUAGCGAGGAGAUGACAGAGCUGCUCACGCUUGCGGCUAACGAGCAUAAGGUCAAAGGUGUAACCUGCGCCUUCUGUCACAAGAGAAGCCCCCCUGAGAACCCCAUCACGAGCUCAAACUGUGAGCAUAUCUACUGCCACGAUUGCCUCUCCAUUGCAGUCCAAAGCAAAACAAAAACUGGCCGCAUCCGUGCGGCUCCCCAGUGUCAAGUCAUGGGAUGCUCUCCAAAACUUGGAAUGGGCCAAGCAGUAAAGACUCUGGGAUACAUCGACAAAGCUGUAAAGGCUAUAGAUGGUUACAAGGAACCUGGGCGUGAUAGCAUCGGAACACGUUGGACUGGUGGCCCGAAGGACAAGGCGUCGUUCUUUCGCGCCGCUUGUGGUCGCGAUGACAUUGACUAUGGUCCUGUCAGGAUGCCCCUGAGUUCCAAAGUCAAAGCCACUUUGGCAGUAAUGCUGACUUGGAUGGAGGAAGCCCCCGACGACAAGAUCAUCAUUUAUGUCCAGUGGACUAGGACUGCAAAGGCUCUCGGCUGUGUUCUUGAGAGCCUGGGAAUCAAUUUUCUCUACUACAACCGGAUGGCAAACCAAAAGCAAAAGCCUCGAGCACUAGACGAGUUCACCAACAACACAGACAUCAAGAUUCUGGUGUCGUCAAUGAAGUGUGGUGGGCAGUCCUUGAAUCUCCAGAUGGCCAAUCGCGUCAUCAUCCUUGACGAAUGGUGGAAUAAAGCCGCCGAGGAACAAGCGUUCAAAAGAGUAUACAGAACUGGCCAGUUGAAAGAGACUCAUCUUGUUCGCAUCAUCGCGAAGGAUAGCAUUGACGAACGUAUCAUCAUGCUACAGGAUGCAAAGGAAGAGGUCAUCAGGGCUGCACUCCAAGAUGGGGAGAUGCAGCCAAACUUCUCCAACUAUGUUCAGCUUCAAAUGCUCUUCUCUGGAAAGGACAAAGAGACGCUGAUCGCCGAGAUGGAGAAGAAGGCUCGUGCCAAACAGGCCAAGCAGUGA